AUGGCCUGGAAAUACUGCGGCGCGGUCGGGCAAUCUUGGCCAGGAGGCUACUCCCUCACCUUGGAUCUGCCUCAGUCGGGGCAGCAACUCAUACUGCUCCCAGCCCUGCCUCACACGCCGCUUCUCCUCCGCCUGCCGCCUCGAGCCGAGGUCGGGGUUGUGAUCCGACCGGCCGUCCGGCCAGGCGCAUCUUCAGAGGAGCCCCCCGGGCCUCCAGACGUGGUCGUGCAGCUCUUCAUCGCGCAGGCGGCGCCGAAGACUAGGUCUGACUUCACCUCUCCCAACCCUUACAGGGGAAGACCAGCUGCGUCCCGCUCUGGCCCUACUCCUGUAGAGGAAGACAGCCCAGGCGAUCAUCCGAACCCCACGCCAACUGAGCCCGUUCCCGAACAACCUCCUGCUCCUCCUGGUGCUGACGCCGGCCCUUCUCAAUCUUCCUCCUCCGCCCGCCAUCAUUACAGGACCACCAUCCCCUCUAAAGCUACUCUAGCUCGGCGGCCUGAUGCCCCCACGAGCCUUUUGAUGAUGAAAGGCUGCCUCGGCAGUUUGUGGGCAGAGAGCAUGGAUCAAAUAAGUGGUGCGCCUCCAUUAGUCCAGAUGGACAGGUUUUCGAAGUCCUGGGCCAAAGUGAAAGAUGAGCUCCGAGCCAUGAGGGAGGAGAGAACUGCAUCUGAGGUGGGUUAUCAGCAACAACUAGCCCACCAAGCUCAAGAGAUACAGUCUAGAGAUACCCUUCUGCAGGAGAGGGGCGAGAGAUUGGAGGUUCAGGCAGCUCAACUGGAGACUCAAGUAGCUGAACUAAGGGCUCUGAAAGCAGAACUGUCCCAGUCCCGAGCGGCUCUGUCGGGAGUAUCCACCGCCUUGGCCGUCUAUCAAGAAGGAGAGGAGGACCGUUGCCUGCGAAGUCGAAUGUCCUAUCUGACCUCUUCUGAAUUUUUAUCCCAGGCUGGGGCACGCUUCUCUGCGACCAUACCAUGCACGGCGGCCGGGGUCAUCCGUCAGUUGCACGCGUAG